CGGUGGUGCGCUGUGUCCCUCGGACACAGUGGAUCACCGAUCUACAGAAAGAGCCGAAGAUGUCGGCUCCGUCAUGUGAUCAACUGUGUCCAAUCACAGCUGAUCACUGAUCAUCAGGGCACUAUCAAUGCCAGUCAGUGCCGCCUAUCAGUGCCACCUAUCAAUGCCAGUCAGUGCCGCCUAUCAGUGUGCAUCAGUGCCGCCUAUCAGUGCCAGUCAGUGCCACUUAACAGUGCCAGUCAGUGCCGCCUAUUAGUGCCAGUCAGUACCGCCUAUCAGUGCCAUAUAUCAGUGCUGCCUUUCGGUGCCCAUCAGUGAUG